CCCCGGAACGGCUAUUUGCACUUUUUGGCAUCUACGUACCCUUUCUUAAAGUCACAAUCUGAACCCAUAAAAAACCCCAAUCUUUUUUUAACUUUUCUUUCUUUACAAAUUGGCUCACCCAUGUGACCUGAUUCUCUCGCGCACCACACUAUCAUUUCUUUAUUUCUAUACUUCCUUACUUCUAUACUUCUUCGCCUGUUUAAAAAGACGAAGGCCGAAGAGAAUGAGAAAAACUUCCAUUUCAUUAUUCCCAACCAGUGACACAUUUUCCAAUCCGUUCAAUAUCCGACUACACGGUCUUUAAUUAAAGCGAUUCUUCGUUUCAAGGGUUCUUUAAUUUCUUACCAACCCUCUUGCCAAACACUUCUUACUUGAAUCUUUUGGCAAUUCUACUGAAGUAAGCUUUAGAUACCACCAUUAGAGCAGAUGGGCCUUGGUCAUCUCUUCUUCGUCGCCUUCAGUCUCCUGUUUUCUAUUUCAAGUGCUGAGAUCUCGAGCAAAGUCGGGAUAUGCUAUGGUCAACUGGGGAACAACCUUCCAUCUCCAUCAGACUCGGUGAAGCUCAUUCAAUCCCUGAAAGCAUCACGUGUCAAAAUCUACGAUGCCAAUCCAAAGAUCCUCAAAGCCCUCAAGAGCACAGACCUUCAAGCUUCAAUCAUGGUCCCCAACAAUCUCAUAGUCAACAUUUCCUCAAGUCAAACUCUUGCCGACAAAUGGGUCAAAAAAUACGUCCUCCCUUAUUACCCCGAUACCAAAAUCCGAUAUCUCCUUGUCGGAAACGAAAUCCUUAGCUCCCCCGAUAACUUAACCUGGUCAAGCCUCGUACCUGCGAUGCGAAAAAUCAGACGUUCCUUAAAAACCCAUGGAGCCCGAAAGAUUAAAGUAGGGACACCGUUAGCCAUGGACGUCCUGCAAUCGUCCUUUCCACCCUCAAACGGGACCUUCCGGUCCGAUGUUUCGGAUUCUAUCAUGAAACCGAUGUUGCAAUUCUUGAACCGGACGAAAUCUUUCUUUUUCGCAGACGUUUACACGUAUUUUCCUUGGAUUUCCGACCCUAAAAACAUUAAUCUUGAUUACGCACUUUUCCAAGCUACAAAUAUUACCUACACCGAUCCAGUCACCCACUUGACUUACACCAACCUCUUUGAUCAAAUGGUAGAUGCUCUCAUUUUUGCUAUGAAAAGACUUGGAUACCCCGACAUCCGUAUUUGGAUUGCCGAAACGGGUUGGCCCAAUGGCGGAGAUUAUGACCAGAUUGGAGCUAAUAUUUACAAUGCUGCCACUUACAAUCGGAAUAUCGUCAAAAAACUAACCGCCACACCACCCAUUGGCACCCCCGCUCGACCCGGUUGGGUUAUACCUUCUUUUAUUUUUUCGCUAUACAACGAGAAUCAGAAACCGGGUCCGGGUACGGAGAGGCAUUUCGGGGUAUUUUAUCCGAACAAAACAGAGGUGUAUGAAAUAGAUUUAAGUGGAGAGACACCGACAGAAGUGUACAAGCCAUUGCCUAAGCCGACUAACAAUGAGCCAUAUAAAGGAAAGAUUUGGUGUGUUGCGGCUGAGAAGGCUAAUACUAAGAAGUUGGAGUCGGCUCUAUCAUAUGCAUGUUCACAGGGGAAUAAAACUUGUGACCUGAUCCAACCCGGAAAGGCCUGCUUUAAACCCGAUUCGUUGAAAUGGCAUGCCAGCUAUGCGUUUAGCUCGUAUUGGGCUCAGUUUAGACCCCUAGGCGGAACUUGUUACUUUGAUGGGCUGGCUACCCAAACAAUUAAGGAUCCAAGCCAUGGAUCGUGCAAGUUCCCAAGUGUCAGUCUUUGAGGUUGGCAUCUUUCAUGAGUCAUUAAUCUAUCCUUUGAUUUAGGUAGUGAUAGGGGUGCCAUUUUCUAUUAUUUUCCACACAAUUUAGGUUUAUAAUUUUUUUAGGGUAAAACCUUCUCAGAAGGCAAAUAUGAAAUGGGCACCCAAAUCACUUGGUUACUUGAGUUGAAUAACAUUAUUGCUUGGUAUGUCUA